AUGACUACCUACCUCGUCACCGGCGCCUCCCGCGGCCUCGGCCUCGCCAUAGCCGAGAUCCUCGUCAACAAGACGGACACCAGCAAAGUGUUCGCCGCGGCGCGCAGCGAAUCCGCCGGCAUCAAGAAGCUAGCCAGCGAGACCAGCGGCCGCGUCGAGUUCGUCCAGCUCGACAUCACGUCCGAGGAGAGCGCGAAGAACGCUGCCAGCCAGGUGGAGCAGUCUUUGAACGGCAAGGGCCUGGACGUGCUCGUCAACAACGCCGGCAUCAUGAACUACACGCCCAACGGCAUCGACACGAUGAACGAUCUCGACGAGACGUUCAAGAUCAACGUCACCGGCGUGCACUACGUUACCAGCGCCCUGUUGCCGCUCUUGAGGAAGGGCAGCUUGAAGAAGGUCAUCAACAUCUCCACGACGCUGGGCUCCAUCGCCAUGGCUCCCACCUACAGCGUCUUCCCCGUCCCGGCCUACAAAGUCUCGAAAGCGGCGCUCAACAUGCUCACCGUGCAAUACGCGCAGUCACUCGCCGACGAGGGCUUCGUUAUCGUCGCUAUUGCGCCCGGCUGGGUGCAGACAGACCUGGGCGGCGAGGCCGCCGACCUCACGAUCGAGCAGAGCACCAAGUCCAUCACGGACAUCCUCGCCCGCGUGGAUGCAAAGGACAACGCCAAGUUCUUUAACGUCCAUGUUCCGGGCUGGGAGCACGCAGACGGCUUGAACCAGUACGAUGGCGCUUGCCCUCCGUGGUAG